AUGGGGAAGUUGCCAGAGCGACGCAGUCGACGCUUGAAAGUGGGCCGAUGCACUUCCCAAAAGCCCAUUGUGAAACGAGACCGCUGGCCGUAUUUGCCCAAUUGGAUUGCCCUGUAUGCUGAACGAGGUUCGAUGCCCAAGUGCUGGGAGGGACAUCGACUCCAUCGAGAGCACUGCAGGAAAAGCCAUCCGAAUUGUACGUACUGUGAAGCUGGCGCAAAGCUUCGAUCGAAUGUACUGGUCUGUCGAAAAUGUCCAUGGUGGUUGAUCUGUUCACAAUGCGCCAGUCGCCCGCGGCUGCCGAGCCUGAGGCUGGACCCUCUCUUCUUCGGUCCACAUACGCCGCGGCUCUUACCAUCCAUGGAAAGCGUGGCGGAUGGGAGUCGUGGAAGUCUCAUCAUUUGCCCUGGUGGGAAUUACCAGUUCCUGGUGCCUCAUGAGGGUCUGCCUGUGGCAGAGUUCUUCGCGAAGCAGGGCUUUCGCGCCAUGGUCUUGCGAUAUCGGCUGCUGCCCAAGUACGACUUUGACGACAUGCAGCAGGACCUUGUCUCGGCUGCUGCCAUGCUGUGA